GUGCUUCCAUGUGACUUGGACUUCACCGUUAAUUGAAAAUUUGGUUGCAAUUUUAUCCAUCAGUUACAUCAGUAUAUUGUUUUAAAAAGUUUGUUAUAAUCUUUUUUCGAGUGCUGUUCUGGUCAUCAAUUUUUCAUAAUGUUCUCUGUCCCUAGGAGUCUUGUUCGUUUACGUUCAGUGUAUCCAUUAAUCUAUAAUGGAGCUAGAUUUCGGUCAAGUUUACCUAUGAAUACAGUUGUAAUUUUUGUACCUCAACAGGAAGCAUGGGUGGUUGAAAGAAUGGGAAAAUUUCACCAAAUUUGUGAGCCAGGUUUAAAUUUUUUAAUUCCAAUUGUGGAUAGAGUCAAAUAUGUUCAAAGUUUGAAGGAAAUAGCCAUUGACAUACCAAAACAAUCAGCAGUUACGUCAGAUAAUGUUACCUUGGCCAUUGAUGGUGUUCUUUACUUGCGAGUAGUUGAUCCUUAUAAAGCAUCAUAUGGAGUUGAAGAUCCAGAAUUUGCAAUAACUCAACUUGCCCAAACUACAAUGAGAUCGGAGAUUGGUAAAAUAACUUUGGAUACGGUUUUCAAAGAAAGAGAAACACUGAAUAUCGCAAUUGUAGAAGCCAUCAAUAAAGCUGGAUUAGCAUGGGGAAUAACCUGUCUUCGUUAUGAAAUUCGUGAUAUCAAAUUACCAGAAAGGGUUCAAGAAGCCUUGUCAAUGCAAGUUGAAGCAGAAAGACGAAAACGAGCUGUCGUUUUGGAAUCAGAGGGACGAAGAGAGGCAGAGAUCAAUGUAGCUGAGGGAGAGAAACAAGCUAAAAUAUUAUCAUCUGAGGCCCAGCGAAUAGAGCAGAUAAAUAAAGCUCAAGGAGAAUCGGCAGCAAUUCAAGCCGUAGCUUCGGCUAAAGCAGCAGCAUUGGAAAGGAUUAGUAAAGCUUUGGCGAAUAAAGGUGGUAAUGCAGCAUCUUUGGUUGUAGCUGAACAAUAUGUCAAAGCUUUCUCUGAAUUAGCCAAAAAGAGUAAUACAUUGAUACUUCCUGCUGAUACUGGAAAUGUAAGCAGUUUAGUGGCACAAUCAAUGGCAAUUUACAAAAAUAUUACCGAUAGACAAGUUAACAUGGAAUCAACAAGCAAAAAGGAUAAAGAUGAUAAUUUUCUUGCAGAAUAUAACAGUGAUAUCGAUGAAGAUGACGAUGAAAAACCAUGAUAAUUUAACUUUAUGUUAAUUAGAUGUUUAUUGAAUUGCAAGUGUACCAUCAGGGCAACGAAAGUUAUCAAACUCAAAGACCAAAUACACUUUAACAGUCCCUUUGUAAAACUGUAUUUAUUUUCACUUCACUCCUCUUCUAUUCAACUAAUAGUUUUUUUAUUUAUUCACCACGUUAAAGUAUCCCGGUUUUCAUCAUGAUUAUUAAAUUACAUGUUAACGCUGUUAAAUCAAAA